AGUCCGGAGCUCUUCUACCCUGUCCGUGUGGGCGCAACGCUCAAGGGGAGGUAUCUCAUCGUAGCGAAGCUGGGAUGGGGCUGCCAUGCGACUGUGUGGUACUGCUGUGACAAGGUCCAGAAGCGGUACUUGGCUUUGAAGAUCGGAACGGCGCAGCGUGUCGCAUCAUCGAAGUCCGCCAAGCUGGAGUCCCCGGAGUUCGCAGCAUACCGACGCCUUGAGGAGUGCAAUAUCGAUCUCCCGUCCACCGAAUGCUUUCUCGCACGCGAAGCCGCGGAGUACUUCACCCUCCGUUCCUGCGGGGGCAAGUUCGAACACCCCUGCUUCGUCUUCCCCGCCGCCGUAGCGGAUCUCGGUAUGCUCCAAGCUGGACUCUCACAACGCUGCCCCUCAGAGAGCGUACAAUUAUGCAAGCAAGUCGUGAAGAGCCUGCUCACCGCUCUGGACAUCCUACACACCCAGGCUGGCAUGGUUCACUGCGACAUCAAGCCGGACAACAUCCUGUUCAGCGCAAGUGACGAGUCGAUUUACGCCGAUGUCGCGAAGACGAUGAAGAAACGUGCUCUCGGCGCUCGCUGGUCGAGAAAGGGAAGACGUUCGACCUGGGAGUCGGUCCACCUCUCGGAAUUUGUGCCGAAGGAAUUCUGGGGUCACCCCGUGCUGGGUGAUCUUGGAGAAGCCAGGAUCUGCAAAACCGAGGGACAGAGAUUCAAGGCCGCAGAGGUCUGUAGCGUAGGCUUCCGGCCUGCAGAGAUCAUCUGUGGCAUGGAAUGGGGUUCGGAGGUCGACAUCUGGGGUGUCGGCAUGGUCGCUGUCAUCCUGCUGUCCAACCAGUUGAUGUUCGGAUUCAGCCGUCAGAAUGGCGAUCAUGCUCAUGCCGAGUACCUGGCUCGAAUGCAGGCGAUCAUGUCGGCGCCGCCAAAGGAGUUUUUGGACCGCAUGCCGAGAGGUAAGAACUACUGGGAUAAGAAUGGCCAGUGGACGAAGAAAUUUGGCGUCGAGGUGCCAAAUAGGUCGAUCGAGAGCAUCAGAUGGAAGGUUGAGGAAGAUCAAGAGCCGGCUCUCUUGGAGUUCUUGCGUGGCAUUUUCACCUGGCUGCCGGAAGAGAGGAAGUCGGCGCGGGAGUUGUUGGACGAUGCCUGGCUUCAAUCAUGA